CGCGAGGGCUGUUUAUUUUUGGUUUUUCGUCGGGUAGCUGUGCUCCGCGUUGGCAAUUUGCACGAGUAAUGCGCUUCCUGGCCGCGUCCCACUGUGCAUCGUGCUCGAAAAACAGCUGACGAAGCAGCAAUGACCACGGAAACGUAGGUGUGAACGCGCCGGACGGGCCGUAACUUGUCGGGCAUCUUGCCUAGUAAAGCGAGCUCCAUUGCACACCCCCCCGCGCUACCCUCCGUCCUACGUUUAUCUGUCUGUACGUCCGUCCGUUAUUCUUACCUCCGUCUCCCCCUGUCGCAUCCCGCGUUCGCGCUGUUCUAACCAAUUUUGCCUGCACACAAUGUGGGCAACGACGACGACGACGACGACGACGACGACGACGCGUUCACACACCGUGUGAAGGAGCCAUCGAGCGAACGAGAAAGCGUGACUGAGCGUGACACGUGCAACCUCUUCAUCGGGCCUUGGUCGCUUUUCUCCCCAUUUACUACGCCUAAUACUUAAUAACGGAAUUCUCCCCUCGGUUUCUUCUGCCGCAGGAAAAUGAGCAGCUCCGAGGAGGUGUCCUGGAUCUCGUGGUUCUGUGGUUUACGCGGGAACGAGUUCUUUUGCGAGGUGGAUGAGGACUAUAUUCAAGAUAAAUUUAAUUUAACGGGGUUGAAUGAACAAGUACCACAUUAUCGUCAGGCAUUAGAUAUGAUUCUUGAUCUUGAACCUGAUGAUGAUCUGGACGAUAAUCCAAAUCAAUCAGACUUAAUCGAGCAGGCUGCGGAGAUGCUCUACGGUCUCAUCCACGCACGUUAUAUACUUACCAAUCGUGGUAUUGCUCAAAUGAUCGAAAAGUAUCAAGCGGGCGAUUUUGGUCAUUGUCCACGAGUUUAUUGUGAAUCCCAACCAAUGUUGCCACUGGGGCUUAGUGAUGUUCCUGGCGAGGCAAUGGUCAAGAGUUACUGUCCUAAGUGCAUGGACGUUUAUACACCGAAGAGCUCGAGACAUCAUCAUACUGACGGAGCGUAUUUUGGAACGGGAUUUCCACAUAUGCUAUUCAUGGUCCACCCUGAAUAUAGACCAAAACGUGCAGCAAAUCAAUUUGUACCUAGAUUAUACGGCUUUAAAAUUCAUCCUGUAGCAUAUCAGAUUCAGCAACAAUCUGCGUCCACGUUUAAAGCACCAUUACGAGCUCUCAACUAUAAUAACGGGAAACGUUAAAAUUAUCUUCGGAGUAGCCUAGAAUACUUCCUUUCAUUACUCGCAAUUCCUAAUUUCGUUCUUAAAGAUUUAAAUAAAAUAUUUUUUAUA